AUGGGUCGACUCGCCGACGUCGCUACGUCGGCCUAUGAGUCCGUAAGGGGUCUGCUGACGGGCAAGGCACAUAAAUACAACGCCAUCCCGGACGAGGAGGGUGAGAGGGAUGAUGUUGAUGAGUAUCGUGAGAGCAACUCGUCGAACCCGAAACAUCGACUUUGCCUUCUCAUAAUCGCCGCCAUGGUUUUGGCUAUUUCCCUCUCAUUAGCCUUGGGCUUCAGUCUCGUUAGCGGCCAGGCACCGCGCAACGGGCUCGAGUCCAUCUCGCAGUUCUGGGGCCAGUAUUCGCCCUUUUUUCCCGUGCCGUCUGAAAUCGACACCGCCACACCCCAGGGCUGCGAGGUCACCUUCGCACAGGUCCUGUCGCGGCACGGCGCCCGGGAUCCCACCGCCGGCAAGACGGCCACCUACAAGGCGCUCGUCGAUCGCAUCCACGCCAACGUCACCAGCUACGGCAAGGGCUUCGAAUUCAUCAAAAUGUACCAGUACACCCUCGGCGCCGACGAGCUGACGCCGUUCGGCCAGAGGGAGCUCGUCGACUCUGGCGAGGCAUUUUAUAAGCGCUACCAGGCGCUGGCGGCCAAUAAUGACCCCUUCAUCCGGUCCUCUGGCCAGAAUCGCGUCGUCGAAUCGGGCUUGAAUUGGACCGAGGGCUUCUUCGGGGCCAAGCUCGCCGACGGCCACAGCGGGCCCGACGGAGGCAUCGUCAGCCUUAUCACCAUCAUCCCCGAGGAGAAAGGCAUCAACAACACUCUGGAUCACGGCCUCUGCACCGCAUUUGAGGACGGCGCCUUCUCCAAGGUGGGCGACGAGGCUCAGGUCCCCUGGCGCGAGGCGUUCACGCCACCCAUCAAGGCACGCCUCAAUGAGAACCUCCCCGGCGCGAACCUCACGGCUGCGGAUACCAUCAGCUUCAUGCAGCUGUGCCCCUUCAACACGGUGGUCAACGGCACGCAGUCGCAGUUCUGCGACCUCUUCACGAUGGAGGAGUGGAAGGACCUUGAGUACUACGAGACGCUGGGCAAGUACUACGGCUUCAACGCGGGAAACCCCCUCGGACCGACGCAGGGCGUGGGCUUCACCAACGAGCUCCUCGCGCGCCUGACGGGACAGCCCGUGGUGGACCGGACGUCGACCAACGUCACGAUGGACGCCGACCCGGCGACGUUUCCCUUGGACAGGAAGCUGUACGCCGACUUUAGCCACGACAACGACAUGAUGGCCAUCUACGGGGCGCUCGGCCUGUACAACGAGACGCAGGCGCUGUCCAAGACGAACCGAACUUCGGUGACGGACACAAAGGGGUUCACGGCCAGCUGGACGGUGCCGUUUGCUGCGCGCAUGUACGUGGAGAAGAUGAAGUGCGGGGACUCAGACGAGGAGCUGGUCCGGAUCUUGGUGAAUGACCGGGUGGUUCCGCUGGUGGGGUGCGGUGCGGACGGGCUCGGGCGGUGCAAGCUCGGGGCGUUUGUAGACAGCAUGGGGUUCGCCAAGAGCGGAGGGCUCUGGGACCAGUGUUUCGUGUGA